AUGUUCGUGAACCAGAUCAAAAUAAGUACUUUAUCUGCGCCUGUUAAGUCCGCGACUAUCUUCCAGUCGUCGACGGCAGAGGUGACGCGCACACUCGCCCUCGAGCUUAAGAGCGGCAAGAACGUGGUCACCAUAAAGGGCAUAUCGAGUGACGCCGACUCCGAGUCUCCCAGGAUCAGCGGGACGCCGGACGGCGUGCGCGUGCUCGACGUCGUCUGCCGACGACACCCACACGACGCGCCCGACCUCCGCGACGAUGUGACCUCGUCCCAGAUCGAAGCUAACCUCGCCUCGACCCGCGCGCUCGCGGCAGAGCGCGAGGUGCGGCAGCAAGAGGUCCGUUUCCUCAACGAUGCCGGGCGCGCGAUCAUAUCGCCGCCGCAGGGCGCGAACAACACCGCGAACUGGCACGCGGAGCUGCUUGGGUUCGUGGAUGGGUUCGUGAAGCGGCAGAUCGCAGCAGAAGCGGCAUUGCGGGACCUGGAUGCGAAGAUUGCCGCGCUCGAGAAAAGCCUAUGGCUCCUGCGCAGCGCGCGCAAGGGCGAGGCGACCACCACGAUCGUAGCCACAAUCGUCGCCCAGAGCGAUAGCAAGGUGGACCUGAAGUUGACGUACCUCGUGUCGGGGGUUUCCUGGAAGCCGUACUAUGAUCUGCAUGCGACGACAGCUGACGGUCGACCGUCUGCGGACGUGUCGUUGCGUUACUGCGCGACGAUCUCCCAGAGCACCGGGGAGGACUGGACAGACGCAACGCUUACCCUGAGCAUGGCCACUACGCAAGCCCAAUGGCGGCUCUCCGUGCCCUCUGUCCUGCCCCUCAAGAUCAGGGUAGGCGCUGCGAAGGGGUCCGGGUUCGCGACGUCAGCUUUCGGUGCAGGGCCAGCCCUUAGGCAGAGUCUGCCAGCCCCGACUACUGCCGCAUUUGGCGCUUUCGGAGCAGCCCCAACACAGGCGAAUCAGGGCUUCGCAGGACCUGGAGGCAUGCUAUUUGGUGCGGCCCCCACGGCGCAGGCCCAACCUACCCAAGGUGGAGGCCUUUUCGGCAACGCCCAAACCCAGGCCGCGCCAGCGCCAGCUGGUGGCCUGUUUGGCCAGGCGCAGACACAGACCGCACCGGCGCCGACUGUUCAGGGCCUAUUCGGCACUGCCCAGGGCCAGACUGCGCCAGCGCAAGCUCCAGGGGGUUUGUUUGGCACUACUGCAGACACGACGGAGCAGGACGAGGCGCCGCCCACGCCCGCCCCAGCGCCGAACCGCAAUGCGCUGUCGCUCGCAUACCGCGUCGAGGGCACGGUGUCGCUCCCGAGCGACGGCGAGGCGCACAAGCUGACGAUCGCGGCGCUCGACUUCAAGGCGGCGCUCAAGUACGUGUGCGUGCCGCAGCAGAGCCAGGCGGCGUUCAUCGUGGGCACGGUGAAGAACACGAGCGAGUACGAGUUGCUCGCCGGGCCUGUGAGCGUGUUCAUGGACGACAGCUUUGUCACGAAGACCUCGGUAGAUUUCAUCGCGGUGAACGAGAGCUUCCCGUGCGUGCUCGGGGUGGACACGUCCCUCAAGGUCACGUACCGGCAGAGCUCGAAGACGGAGCACGAACCCCGACGCAACUUCGCGGAACCGCACAAGACCAUCGCGCGCACAGCGAUUACCACCAUCGCGAACCAGCACGCGCACGCGGUCACGGAGCUCGUCGUGCGCGACGCCAUCCCGCUCGGGAACGAGGACCUGCAGGUCGUGGUGAUGCUGCGCAAGCCCGCGGGCCUCGCGGAGGCCAUACAGGGCGCCGAGGUCGCGAUGAAGCUCGCAGAGGCGCAGGCGGGUGUGACGGCGAAGGCGCGCUGGACGGAGGUCGAGGACGGCAAGGGCGGCGAGAAGGACGGGCUGUAUGAGUGGGUGUGCGCGAUCCCGCCGGGGAAGAAGAUCACGCUUGAGGCGCAGUGGGACGUAAAGGGCCCAAGCGACGUGCAGUGGAGCGAGGUGCCGCAGCGUGCUCUCUUCGGAUGGCCGUAGCCGGCGAGGGAAUGGGAUGGCAGUGUUUGUGUAUCAUGGUACUACGGAGUUGGACGGAUUGGAUAUGCGAUUGUUGUUUGUAACAUUACUACCCGGCACUGGUGUGAAC